AUGCAAACAUCACCAGAUCUUCGUACCUAUCCAAAUAUCCUCAUCACAGGAACCCCUGGUGUCGGAAAGACUGUUAUGGGAGAAGCUGUUAUCAAUUCUUUAAAGGAAAAACUUAAUUUAACAAAUUAUGAAUAUUUGAAUGUUUCCGAAAUUGCUAAAGGUGAACAAUUUGUUGAGGAAUUCGAUAGUGAAAGAGAUACAUAUGUUCUUGAUGAAGAUAAACUUUUGGAUCAUUUAGAAGAAAAAUUAUCUGAUUUGGAAAAGGGAUUUGUUAUCGAUUAUCAUAGUAGUGAAUUAUUCCCAGAACGAUGGAUUGAUUUUGUUAUUGUUUUAAGAUGUGAUCCUGAUGUAUUAUUUAAACGUUUGGAAAAGAGAGGAUAUUCAGAACAAAAAGUUCAAGAAAAUGUUGAUUGCGAAAUUUUCCAAGUUUGUUCGGAUGAAGCUCAAGAAAGUUACAAACCAGAAAUUGUUUUUGAAAAGCAAAACAUCACAAUAAUGGAUCUGAAUAAUAAUGCAGAAUUCAUUGUUUCUCUUGUACAAAACAAAAUUCAAAAAUAA